AUGUCGUCAAAAUUUACUAUGUCUGUGAAUAGCACAGAAAAAAGGAAGUACGAAGAAAGAACCAUACGCGUUAACAGAGAAGAAAGUCCUGCCAGGAAAGAGAACGUUGCCCCACAACAACCCAGAAGUACACGAAGCACGUUUAGUUUCAAAAUGACAGAUAAAGACGAAGAUAAAAGCGAAAGCCGCCAGGCGGAAAGUAGCUCAUGGAGACGUCAGACCAAUCAUGUGAAAUCCAGCAUUGACGAGAAACGACCGCGGAAAGACCAAGACCUCAACAACAACACUGAUGUGAAAAAGGCCGACAAGGAAACAGAAGUUCCGAAAAGAGUCUCGCGGAGGUCAUCUUUGGCAGAAUUGUUCAAAAUUGAACAUGAAGGGAAAAACAGAGAGCCAAAACCUACAAAUCCUACCCCACCCCCACAAGCGACAGUAUCCUCGUCACCAAUGCUCAAGCGUUUGCCUGUGGAAACUCAUCAGGAUACGAAGACCAAGCAAGACUUGUUACAGAAUCUAGGGCGGCUUCGUGGCCGGCGAAGGUCUGUUCGUGAGAUCGAGAGGAAGGAGGAAUUGGAAGGGUUGAUGUACGUAAAGAGUGGCGACACAGUUAAACUAGUGAACACCUCACAAGGCGAUGAGCAGGUUAAAGAACAGAGAAAGGUUCGGCGCUCCUCGCGGAAAGAGAGCCAUGAAAAGCUGAAGGUCGAAGGAAACACUAUCAGCAACCGCAACGAAACGGAACUAUCGGCUAUCCAGGAGAGCCCGCGAUCUCCAAACGCAAAGAAACGAUUUGGAUUUGGCGAUGAAGACAACGCAGCUCCAAAGAGGAUGGAAACUCCCCUUCAGAAAGAGGAAGCUCCCAAGGCCAGAAUCUGGCAACCCCCUCCACGCGCCAAUACAAAUGCGGAAUCCAACCGCCCUGGAAGGCAGUGGUCUGAUCCAGGCUCUCAGCGGGUUGGGCCUCCCAGGCCUAAUUCAUUCUUACCACCUAAAGCCAAUGUAAGUUGCUAUGUUUUGGAUUUUUUUGAGACGGUUUUUUUUCGCCCUCUUAAUGUAUGAAUAGGGACCAACAUUAGCCUCAUUUAAGUUAAAAUUUACCGUCGGCUUGGAGAUUUACAAACUAAAUUUUGUUCUAGAUUAGAUUCCUGCUCUAAAGUUUUGAAGUAUUCCUGGAUAACAGUGCACAGACAAACUUUAGUAAUGUAAGACUUCAGCCGAGAAGACUUCUUAUUACAGUAUUUUAAGUUGUUUUUUCCCAAGCGUGCGAACAGGCCAACACAAUAAGCGCGUGGCAAGAGUGUUUCUCCGCCCGCGAGAAAGUACGAGGCCUUGAGAAACGCGUGACAGCAAAAGAUUUUCAAGAGGUCUAGUACUAAUAAUGAGGGACUAUUAGUGCCAAACCCCUGGACUCCUCUCAAGUCUUUCCCGCGGGCAUAGAAACGCACGGUCUGAAGCGCUUAUAAUAAGGGCCUGAUCGCAAUUUUGCUGAGUUAAAAAGCAAACGUUGAAAUCAGUGAUAACAAUAGCAGUAGUAAUAGUGUUGUUGAUGAUGAUGAAAGUCGAUACCUGCGGGCUUACUAAAGAUUCUCAGGCAAAUAAGGCUAAAAUCGUUAUUCAGGGUGUUUCCGAAACGGUGCUGUGUUGCUUUGGUGACAUAUUGCAUCGUGGAAUAGAACUUAUAUUGUACAACGAUCACUGAGAACUGGCGUCAUGGAGUUCAUUUUAGGAGCAAAUGCUGAAAAGGUCUGAUUAGAUUCUUCGAACAAUGGGAACCGAAACAAAAGGAAAUCGCUUUUAAUAAUCUGAAAAAAUUAAAGUUACCAUGUAUAUUGAAAAAAGAAUAAAAGCUGGGCCAAAGAGAUGUUCACCUUAUGUGUUUUUGUUGUUUUUUUAACGUCUGUUUUUUUUGUUCACGCAGGAGCCUCCUAAGUUUGGACGGCCAGGAGGAGGAGGAGGAGGUGGCGGAAUGGGCUCGGUGAAAGAUCGUAUGGCCUUCUUCAGAAAAGCUGCCGAGGACGAGAAAAAAGCAAAGGAGAAACAGUUCGUAGCUAAAUCCCCAACAGCGCCUGUCAACAGGUUUACUGCCCCUUCACCCACCAGUCCCUCAGCUCCGUCACAAACAACGACGACGCCUGCCACCACUCCAACAAGCCUAACAGAAAAAGUCUCCCUUAAGAAGGCUCCGGAUCCGAACAAGGCGUACGUAGAAACGUUUGAUUACUUUACAAUUGAGGAAGGGGGAAGGGGAUGGGAACGUUUGAAACCUUUACCACUCACAGUGCUACUGAUUUAAAGUACAUUAAUACAUUUCAGACGGCCUAAAAGUCGAGCUUUGACAAACGCAAUUCGGUGAUUUUGUAGUGAUACUGAGAUCUUCUCUUAACUUAGGGCCUAGGUUUUGAUGUUUAUUGCGCUCCAUUAGUGGGUCGUUUUCGAGUAUGCAUCGUCGUCGUUCUACUUCCGUAUUUACAUUUCAGAACAUUUUCGCGGUUUGGUCACAACGUCUGCCAAAUCAAAUCUGUGUCCAACUGCAGUGCUUGCAUAACCUAACGUACAUAAUUGGUGGUAGUGAAUAAGUCGAAAUUUUACUCUGGACGUGUAUUUUUGGCGCUUUUUUAGCGGCUAUUUCAAUUGGAAAACCAACAAAUUUAAGGUUUUGCAUUUCGAAACCUGUUUUACCCUUAUACCAUUCUUUGUAGUGCUUGAGGAUAUGAAAUAUUCAUGUGAAUGUUCUUUUUUUUUGGUGUUCUCUGUACAGUCCACGAGAAUUAAAAAAGAAACCUCAACUCAAAAGACAGAUGUCAGUAUCUUCGUUGAUUUUGACGUGGUGUAAAGAUGUCACGCAAGAAUACGAGGUAAGAAGAGGCCAUAGUGCGCUUCAAUAGUGUCACUCAAGAUACAUUGAAGGGGAAAGAAAGGCUUUUUGUAACCGGAAAAUUACCACUUCAAAAUAUUUCAAUGUGCAUCUCCAUUUGAAAUCUUGAAGGAGGAGCUAGUCAAACAAUCAGUCCAGCAUCUGUAUGUGAACCACCCAGUGUUGUUUACGUCAUUAACAUGUGCGGCCAGGUUAUUGAGUUAUUUUCAAAAUAGCGGCGUCCAUAAAAUAAUUUUGCGCAUAUUUGAAGGUAGUUUUUGAUCUGAUUUUGAACUCUACGGGACACCCGAAGCGGUAAAUUUAAAUAAAAUAAAACAUAUGGUGUCUGAAGCGCGCUCAGCUUUCUUUUAAAAGAACAAUGAGAAAGUAUUCAAUGGUGCAUUCAAGUCCCAGGUUCUCGCAUUUUAGGAAAUUUUCAAAUUCAUAAUUUUCAAUCCGUUCAAACCUUCUCCAUCUUAGGCUAUCUGUUCCUUCUUGGUUUUUUACUGCCUCAAUUGCGUUUCUCUAUCUCACCGAACUAACAUUGUGAAAUCUUCAAUGACAAGUAAUUUUUGUUUGUUGUUUUCCAGGGAGUAAACAUUACAAACUUCAGCGGAGCUUUUAGUAAUGGUUUAGCGUUUUGUGCUUUGAUCCAUAAAUUUAACCCAGACAAGUUUGACUACAACUCGCUAUCCGCUGAAAAUAGAGAAUACAACUUUAAGCUGGCUUUCGAAACUGGAACGUAAGUUUUAACCUGUUAUUCCGUAACAUCAGUAAGCAUAUUCUCCAUACUGUUCACUAUAUAUUUCCUAAGGUGCUACACGGAGAAUUUGUUCAACAGUCAAAAGCAUCUUUAGAAAACUGAAAAGUUUAAGAAAAUAUUUUAGUGCGAAAGAGGGUUAGCUCAAAUAUUUUAUCAAAGAAGUCAUCGUGCAUAAGAAAUGAUGUGUGUUUUCGUUCAAGAAUGAAAAAAAAAAAAUCGCGCUCACCUUCCUUUGUUCCCCCUGAAAUUGUCUUAAAAAAGCCUUUUCUGUCGCUAGAAUAGAUCACUCACCGUGGAACGCACCAAUGUUAUGACUUCAGGCCGUGCAGCAUAUGAAAAUACUUAAGACAUAACAUUAUUAACUUGGUUGCUUUUUGACAGUGAACAAUUUCAGAUCAUUAACUUUAUUUUUGUUAUCUGUCUUGUGUAGUCUUGUCAUUUUAUUCGCCAAAUUCGGGAAAGGGUGCCAUAGUCUCUUAUCCAGGCUUCCCACGGUCAAACGGCUUAAGACCUCACGCAUUAGCAAGAUUUAAACUGUUUUAUAAGCAGCCAAUCAGACAGCCGAAAACGCCUAAAUGGCGGUGGCCUGCGAUCAUUAUUAGCGCUGUAGGACGCUGGUUUCGCCGCCCGUAGGAAGAUUGGAGACAAGUUGGGGAGAGGUUUGCCAAAAGGCUGGCAUUAAUAGCGAGGGGCUACAAGGACGCUAUUGUUCUUUUCAUUAUACGCAAUGCUAGAUCUCUUGUAAACCUUUCGCCGGUUCGCGUGUCUCAAGGUCGCACAAUUUUCCGCGAGCGAAGAAACGCCCUUGCUGAAGCGCUAAUAACGAGGAGCUGCUCGCGAGCUAUAAUCGUGGCUGAUUAUCUAGUAAUCAAUUGUUUUUUUGUGUGUGUUUCUUUUUUCAGUUCUGUUGGGAUACCUGCUCUCCUCGACGUCGAAGAUAUGGUUCGUCUCAAAAAACCGGAACCGCGCAGUGUCCAGUGUUACGUUCAAAUGAUAUUUAGUAAAUAUCGACCAAAAGACAUGGACAUGUCUAAUCUUAUUAUAGCUUGAAUAUCAUUUUUAGAAAUCAGUUCAAUUGAAUUUUGUAAAGCAGUAGGAAGUUAUGUGUUAUGGAGGUGCGAAAGUUUUUUUUUUUUUUGUCAACAUAUCUCGUUCAGUGGACGUUUAGGCUUAAUUGUGAAUUUCAAUCUGCUUUGUUGGAAUUUUCUACUGAUUUUCUUCUACUAAUUUAAUUACUUUGGCGUUCGCAUUGCACUGGCUAUCACUACAUUUAAAGCUCGAAAGAAAAACACUCUUUUUACCGCCAAUCAAACAUGAUAGCAGUGUAGACUACUGCUGUUUAAGUAAUCUUACAAGUCUUGUACAACUGAACGGUAUAAAGGCUCAAAUUGAAUGAUCCGAAUUGAACCCAGUUUCUUUACAACUCUUUUGAGCCCCUGAAACUUUGGGGUCUGGGAAAAAAAACAAAUUAAGCAACAGAGACAUUUAUCUGGGUCGAAUUUUGGGAAAAUAUCUAUAUCAUACGAGAUAAUAUUCAUUCAUUAUUAAGAUACAUGAAGUUUGAAACUGCCGGGUGCAAAUAAGACAUCAUGUAUUUAUAGAGUGUACAAGAAACGCCUGUUUGUUUGGCAUUUCAAAUAAUUUGAAAAAAUUGAUACAGUAGGUUUAGGUAGAGUUAUUUUUUCUACAAUUGUGCGAUUGCGAUU